AUGGCGCGCCCUUUGGGGCCGGUUCGUAUGCGGAGGACGAACUACUUGACUUUAUUCAUCGGCGCCGUCCUCUGCCUCUUCAUCAUCUACUUUCUAUCCGCCUCGGGCUCGAGCUCGCACUCCAACACACAUAAGCAUCGCCCAGCAAAGCCUGCGCCCAAGUCGACUGUGCAGCACAUCCGGCGCGACGUGCAGCGUUUCAAUCUCAACCACAUCACCAUCACCAGCGACCCUGCCGCGAAUCGCGAGCAUGUGCUCAUCCUUACGCCAAUGGCUCGCUUCUACGAUGAGUACUGGGAGAACCUCUUGAAGCUCAACUACCCUCACGAGCUCAUCACCCUGGGCUUUAUACUGCCCAAAAACAAGGAGGGAAAUGCUGCUACAUCGGCUCUGCAGGCUGCCAUCACCAAGACCCAGAAGGGCCCCGCCAAGGAUCGAUUCCGAAGGGUCAUCAUCGAGCGACAAGACUUUGACCCCCCACUGGCAUCACAGGACGAAGCAGAGAGGCACAAGCUACAAAAUCAAAAAGAACGUCGCGCCUCCAUGUCACGGGCGCGCAAUUCGCUUCUCUUCACCACGCUCGGCCCAGACACGUCGUGGGUGCUCUGGCUCGAUUCUGACAUUAUUGAGACGCCGCAUUCCCUGAUCCAGGAUCUUGCAGCCCACGAUAAGCCGGUCAUUGUUCCGAACUGCUUCCAGAGGUUUACCGAUGACAGCGGAAACCAGGCCGAAAGAGCAUACGACUUUAACAGCUGGCAAGACAGUGUCACGGCUCAGGAGCUUGGGGCCAAGAUGGGCAAUGAUGAGCUUCUGCUCGAAGGCUACGCAGAGCUGCCAACGUACCGAACUUUGAUGGCAUAUAUGGAAUUGGAAAACAAAAAUGAUGUUCGCGCAGAGGUUGACUUGGAUGGAGUUGGAGGAACGGCCUUGAUGGUCAGAGCAGAGGUUCAUCGCGAUGGAGCAAUGUUCCCGCCAUUCCCAUUCUACCAUCUCAUUGAGACGGAGGGUUUUGCCAAGAUGGCCAAGCGGUUGGGAUAUCAGUCAACAGGUCUGCCGAAUUACAAGGUGUACCAUUACAACGAGUAG